UGGAGUUUGUAGUUUUUCUAUCAGAAAGACUCUGGUCGCGGGGCUGGUGUGUGCACUGUGGUCAAUGUUUUCUACCUGAGUGUGGGUCGGUUUGAGUGGUGUAUACAAGGGGAGCGUGUGGAGGCCGCUACUGGUGGCGUGAGAGCAGCAGUACCGCCGUCACCCGCGCCCUCACGCUGGCUCUCCCCCCGGCACUCAGCUCGGCGUCCUCCUCCCUCCAGCCCCCGGCGCGCCAGGCCCUCGCCCACGCCACGCACGCCUACCUGGAGACUCCCUACUACCUGAAGCGCGACCCGGAGGACCUGGUAGGGUCGGUAGCGACCCCUCCGGGCGGCGACCUGAUGACCCUCAGCCCCCGCCACACCACGCCCUUCUCCGUUUCUGACAUCCUAUCGCCCCUGGAGGAGCAACGCCGUGCCCUCGACUUGCUCGACGACCGCCGCCUCGACCUGCUAGACUCGGGCAGCUACGGGCGCGCCGCCGCCGCCAUGCAACCCGCCGGCAUGCAGCACGUGGCCUACCCGCCCGCGCCGCCGCCCACCACCUACUGCACACCCGAUGUUUACGACGCCCGCGCCUCGGCGCCAUCUUGGUACCAGACUUCAUCUUCUGAUCCUCGAUUUGCAAUCUCGCGGCUGAUGGGCGGCUCCAACAUGAACAUGAAUAUGGGCAACAUGACGUCGCUAUCAACAUGUAGUAUGGGUGACAACAAAGCGAUGCAGUUCCCCCUCUCACAGCGCAGAAAACGUCGUGUACUCUUCACUCAAGCCCAGGUAUAUGAACUGGAGAGAAGGUUCAAACAACAGAAGUACCUAAGCGCUCCAGAGAUUGAGCAACUGGCCGCCCUCAUCCACCUCACGCCCACACAGGUGAAAAUAUGGUUCCAGAAUCACAGGUACAAGAUGAAGCGAGCGGCCAAGGAGAAGGCCAUGUCAGACCAAACCCCUUCUUCCAACCAGUCGGUAGGGUCGCCCAGGAGGGUUGCUGUGCCCGUCUUGGUGAAGGACGGGAAGCCUUGCCCUAGUGGUGACGACUCCGACCCCCCUACGCAUUCCACGCCCACCUCCACGCCCCUCACCUCCCACCCGUCCGUGCACCAUGGGCCCACGCAGCAGCACCAGGACCCACACCACACGCCCACCUCCUACUCCGGCUCCGUGCACCUCUCAGGGUCACACGUCAUCAGCGGGCUGGGUGGGGGCGGUGGGUGCUCCUCGCCCAUGAUGACGGAGCCUGUGGUGGGCGGGGUGUCGUCCUCGGCCGCGGCUGGCUGCCUGCCGCCCGUCUCCAGCAUCAGCGGAGACUACGCCCGCAUGACGCCGCCCACACACCACAUGGUCACCCCACCCGCCACUCCCCACAACCCUCCCAAUAUGUGUUACUUCCCGCUACAGGGACGUACCUGGUGAAGCUGAUACUGUCGGCUCCCCUAGUACUGUCCUAGUACUACCUAAGUAUUGUCAUAGUACUGUCAUAGUACUACCCCAGUACUGCCUUAGUAAUACCCCAGUACUGUCCUAGUACCUCACUACCACCAGUAUCAGCCAGUACCUCGCCCUCAUUGCUACCAAUACUUCAGAUGACACUAUAGUACCUGCUGGUUACAGUAUAACUACUGCUGUAUCUUCCUCACAUCUCUUCCUGCACCCGUCACCACCACCAUCCUGGCCAUCAACCACCACCACCAGGAUGGUCAUCACCACCAUCCAU